AUGGAAUUCAUGCAUUUGAUUAAACCUGGAGUUGCUGCUCCAGCAGCCUCUUCCACCUCAGGUGCUUGUAAUGUUAAAAUCCACACUGCUGCAUUAUUCCAAAUCUUAGAAAUCGUCGCCAAACAAAUCAUUUCCCCAGAAAAAAGAAUCUUAGGUACUUUAUUGGGUUACAGAUCAGAAGAUGGUUUGGAAUUCGAAGUAAGAGAUGCUUUUAUGGUCCCUUGUGAUGAAACUGGUGAUUCCAUUGCCAUCGAAGACCAUCAACAUAAGAUCUUAUAUCAAUUAUAUAAGAAAUCUCAUCCAAAAGAAUCAGUUUUAGGAUGGUUUGGUACUUCCAAUGAAAUCGAUAACACCACUGGUUUGAUACAUGAUUUCUAUUCUAAAGGUUCUGAUAGAGCCUAUCCAUUCCCUGCCAUAUACUUAAACAUCAAGUUCAGAGAUAAUGAAGGAAAUAUAAUUUCUCCUGAAAUUAAAUCAUAUUUAGGAGGUUCCAUUGGUAAAAAACAAGAAUUAAAUAAAGUUGGUUGGAAAACUGUUGUUCCUAACAAUUCUUAUGUAUUCCAACCAAUCCCUAAUGAAGUUAUAACCGGUACUGUCACGGAAAAAUUGAGUUUAAACAACUUAUUGAACAAUAAAUUAUCAGGUAAAUUCGAUAAUAAUAACGAAUUCAAACAUGACUUAUCAUAUUUGAGUCAACAAAUAAACAUGAUCAUCGAAUUGAUCAAUAAGUUGUUGAAAAAGUUAGAAACUUUUGAAGUUAAUGACGAAAACCUUGAAUUAUUAAGAAAUUUAUCAAAUAACUUGAACAAUCCAAGCAGUUUAAGUGAUGUUGAAGUAUUAAAGAAACAUUUCCAAGAUCAUAACCAAGAUGUUAUUAUGAUUGAAUAUUUGACCAAGGUAGUUAAAGAACAGAUUGAAUUGAGUGCUAGAUUGACUGUUAGUUCUGAUAAAAGCAGAGAUUAA